AGAAGAAAAAGCUAAGGAGGAUUCUGCUGAAGUAGAAGCACUAGCACUACUCAGGGCUGAAAAUAAUGCGCUUCUUGGAACAAUUAGCAUUGACUCUCCAGGUGGGUCAGUCAAUGAAGACUAUUCCUGUGAAGGAAGGUUACCAGAUGGUGGUAUGCAGAAGCUACCUUUAGCUAACGAGCAAAAUACAGAUAUCAGAGGUGGACUUCCCAAGAAACCAGUGAGCUUAACAGAAAGGGAAAGACAGUCAUCAUCAGACAUCUUAGAGGAGCUUCGGAUGCAAGGAAUAAUCAAGAUCCCAAAUGCAACCUCUAAAAACAGAACAGCAGAUGACUCCAUGCUGGUAGAUACAGGAAGGCCACCACAGAAACCACCAGCCAAACUGGAAAAGCUUGAAAUCAAAAGGAAGAAAGCAAAAGCACAUAAUUUAACAGUAGAGAACUCUGAAAACAAGACAAGAGAAGAGCAACUGAAAAAGGAAUUGCUGAUUGACAGACCUUCACCAAUAAUCUACCAUGAAAGCAGAACCAAAGGGAGUGAAAUAAACUGUUCAACUGCUAAAGUUGAAAAAAGUUCUAAUACUUUUCAGUUGCUUUCCUUUAAUCUGGGGGCAGGAAGCUGGAUGGAGAAGAAAGAAUUAGAUGACACAGUAAAUAGCAAUUUUGAAGGCUUUAGUAUGGUGGAGUCAGAUGUCACUUAUAACACAGUAAAUGAAAUAUUCUGA